GUGACGUAGCCCGCCUUACGUCACAGUCAGCUGUUUGAUGAGGAAGUAAAUAACAUUCAACUGGACGGACUACACGGCGGAGAAAGGACCGGCUCUCCAAAUGACGUCCCUCAUUUGCACUUUACAAGACCAUCGAGACGAUGUCAACUGGUGUUCCUUCUCCGGCAAACUGUUUGCCACAUGUUCUGGGGACAAAACUCUCAGGAUAUACAACAGCUGUGACUUCUCGGAGCUGCCCUUUUCGCCGCUGUCAGGCCAUGGCUACGGCGUCCACUGCUGCUGCUUCAGCACCUGCGGACAGUUCCUCGUCUCGUGUUCGACUGAUGCAACCACAAUGGUUUGGUCCACGGUCACGGGUGAGAUCGAGGCCGUCCUGGAGCAUCCUGGUCGUAGUCCUGUGAGGAUCUGUGCACUCUCUCCUGACUCUGCUCACUUGGUGUCUGGGGCAUCUGACGGCACUUUGGCUCUGUGGGAUUUCCCCUCCAAAAAGCUGCACAGGACUGGAGCAGUGUCCGACACGACAAUGGUGGCCUGCUCCUUCAGCCCCUGCAGUCAGGUGUUUAUGAGCGGCUCCAACUACGGGGACCUGCGUCUGUGGGACCUGGACAUGAACCAGCUCCUUGCAGAAAAAAAUGCCCACGACCUGGGGGUCACCUGCUGCACCUUUGCUCCCAACAUCCUCAGUGGUGGUCAAGUUGUGCAGUUUCGUUUGGCGUCCUGUGGACAAGACAGUCAUCUGAAGAUCUGGGCCAUUAACAAGUUCAGCUCAGGAGGCUAUAAGAUGCAGCUCCUGCACACAUUGACUGGCCAGUCGGCUCCGGUCCUCUCCUGUGCGUACUCCUCAGAUGGGCAGCUGCUUGUGUCUGGCUCUGUGGACAAAACUGUCGCACUCUAUGAUGCUAAUAAUGCAGUAUUGCUAUACACACUGAACCAGCACGAGAGGUACGUGACGGCAUGUUCCUUCUCUCCAACUUUACCUCUAAUUGCUACAGGAUCUAUGGAUAAGACUGUAAACAUCUGGAGGCUGGAGGACAGAUGCAAUGACCAUGGCGGGAAGUCGUUGCCUGAGCAGUCUGCUUUGACACCAAGUGAAGGGAGAACCUCAGCGGGCCGAUCCAAGCUGCUGGUCAGCGAUUGGUCAGAGGGGGAUGUGUCAGCGUGGCUUGUGGACGAAAGCCUCGAGGGAUUGGUGGACAAAUUCAGGGCCAACAACAUAGAUGGGACAGAGCUGCUCAGUCUCACCAAGGAAACACUGGCGUCAGAGCUGCACAUAGAGUCGGUAGGCCUGCGCAGUAAAAUCCUGAGGAAGGUGGAGGAGCUGAAGAAUGAUUCAGUAUGUUCAGGCAUUCCUGAUGAGUUCCUGUGUCCAAUCACCAGGGAGCUGAUGAAGGAACCAGUCAUUGCUGCCGAUGGAUACUCGUAUGAAAGAGAGGCCAUCGAUAGCUGGAUCAACCAUAAGAACCGAUCCAGCCCCAUGACCAACCUUCCCUUACUGACUACUCUGCUCACCCCUAAUCACACCCUGAAGAUGGCUAUCGGCCGCUGGAAGACCAGCCACUAGCAUCUGAAAGACCUUGGACACACCCACAUAUUCCCCCCCAAAGUAGAAAGAAACCACAGUAUUCCAGGUACAAGUGAUUUUUGUUCCAUUUGAGGCAUCUGAACACUGUGGGAGUUUCUUUUUUGCAUUAAUUUAUAAUGUUGAUAUUUGGCAUCUUACGCUACAUAGAGAGUGAAUAUUGGACUUACGUUCACCGUGUCACUCGCCUCCAAAUGAAUUAUCAUGUUGCUCUGUAACUGCUGGAUGUGUAAAUAAGCAACUGUAAGCCAACAAGUUCACCA